UUAGAAACGCUGUGAUUGGUCCCCGUCCCUCUAGACCUCUAGACUCCGCCCCAUAAAGAAGGGUGGAAUCCGCCCCUUAGAGGUGCGCGUCUGUUUCACCUCUUCACUUCGAUAGGAAUAUACGCAGCUCUUCAAAUUCAGACAAAGACGACGACAAUUGCUUCCUUGGACAACACAAGAUGGAUUUUCGCCCACUGUUUGUGUUUCAUGGCUUCGCCACUGAGCUAACCCUGGAGCGUACGGCGGAGGCAGCCAAGGUGGCGAAGGCAGCCAAGGUGGCGAAGGAAGCUAAGUCCUUGGUGGCCUGCGCGGUGCAGAAAGGCGAGGAGGUGAAAGAGGAAGCCCGGGCACGCAUCCGCCAGUCUGGAGGAGACCCCGGAUGCCCCAAGCUGGUGCUCAGUGAGAGCAAGCUCCAGUUCGGGCAGUACCGGGGUCAAACCUUCAAGUGGCUGCUGGGGAAUGACGUGGGGUACGCCUGUAGCAUCGUGGUGUUGCACCAAAAGGAGCGUGCCAGCGGAGACACUUCCCGGUCACCUCUCGCGGUCAACAAAACCGCACUGGCGUCUUACGCACAGCUUUUUCCAGACAUGGUCGCCGCCCUUCGCUCUCAGGCCGUGCGCAUGGGGGAGAUGCCCUUCAGGGAGCUGGAUGGCAGAGCAGUGGGUUUUGGGGCUCAUGCCAAAAGGACAUACUCCGCACUGUAUGAAUCCCCCAACGGCGACGAUCAAUCCUACUUGCAAUGGCUACGAGGCAAGCAAACCAAACCGGGUUCCACCAUGCAUGCCUUCCAGCGUUACGUGUUGGAGCGGGACAAGGAUGCACAAACGCAGACCGCCGCGGCCGGACGUGACGCCCCAGGUAAAUCAAUCAAUCAAUCAAUGUGCAGGUGA